CGAACUACAAUCCCCAGCAAGCCAGAGGAUGAUGUGAACGGAAGUGAUGUUAGAACUCCGCGGCGGGAUCGCUAUAAGAAGGGCGCGCGUCACUUCCUUUUUCUCUCUCUCCCCCUGCAGCCGCAGCCAUGUCUCUCGUCAUCCCCGAGAAGUUCCAGCACAUUCUGCGUGUCCUCAACACCAACAUUGAUGGACGCAGGAAAAUUGCCUUUGCCAUAACAGCCAUUAAGGGUGUUGGGCGCCGUUAUGCUCAUGUGGUUCUUCGUAAGGCUGACAUCGACUUGUCAAAGCGAGCUGGAGAACUGACAGAGGAUGAGGUUGAACGCGUUGUCACCAUUAUGCAAAAUCCUCGUCAGUACAAGAUCCCAGACUGGUUCCUGAACAGACAGAAAGACAUCAAGGAUGGAAAAUACAGCCAGGUUCUGGCUAACGGUCUGGACAACAAACUCCGUGAAGAUCUUGAGCGGCUCAAGAAGAUCAAAGCCCACAGAGGGCUGCGUCACUUCUGGGGCCUGCGCGUCAGAGGUCAGCACACAAAGACCACCGGACGCCGUGGACGCACAGUGGGAGUGUCCAAGAAGAAGUAACAUGUUUGCCUGUGUUAUUUGUCAAUAAAGCUCUGUACAAAAUUUAA